AUGCUCAUAAUCGGCCUCACCGGCUCAAUAGCCACAGGCAAAUCAACAGUCUCAACACUCCUCUCAACAGCUCCCUACAACCUCCCCAUAAUCGAUGCCGACAUCCUCGCCCGCAGGGUAGUCGAACCAGGCACAGCAGGCUACAAAGCAAUAGUAAACUACUUCGGCCCAAACACACCGGACCUCCUCCUCCAAGAUCCCGCAACAGACACACCCCAUGGUCAACCCUUAAACCGGCCAGCGCUGGGCCGCCGCGUCUUCGGUUCAACAGAAGAACGCAAACGCGACCGCAAUGUCCUAAAUGGAAUUAUCCAUCCAGCCGUACGAUGGGAAAUAUACAAAGCCCUAGUUUACCACUACAUCCGCGGCCAAUGGGCCGUCGUCCUAGACGUCCCCCUCUUAUUCGAAAGCGGGAUGGAUCUUAUUUGCGGAACGGUCAUUGUUGUUGGUGUUCAUGACCCCGCUGUACAGAUGGCGCGUCUACGUGCGCGGGAUGCGCACCUUACGGCUGAGGACGCAGAGAACCGGGUGCGCAGUCAGGGUGAUGUGAGGUUGAAGGCGGCCCAAGCGGAGUUCCGGGGGACGGAGGGUGCGAGGGGAGUUGUUGUCUGGAAUGAUGCUGAUAAGACGGAGUUGGAGCGCGAAGUCAAGAAUGCUAUGGCUAAUGUUGCGGCUUCGAGUCCGAAGUGGUGGGCUUGGGCUUUGCUUGUUGCGCCGCCUGUGGGUGUUGGUGUUGCGGUUUGGAAUUUGGCUGUGAAUUUUGCGACGCAGAAGGGGUGGGAGAGGAAGAAGAAUGAGGAGAAGGCUAAGUUAUAG